UUCAGCGUCUGGCUCACCGAUUAGCAACAAUUUUCAACUAGAUUAACUCUUUGUACUGGUAAAAUUCACCAUCCUAGUGUGACAAAUCUUUCGUGUGUGUGUGUGUUUAUUUUUAGCUAAAUAUACAAAUGCUGCAUUAAAUUACAGCCUUAUUUUUUAAAGAUUUGCUGUGAUAGCUAGCUAUUUUACGUGCAAGCUAAUUCAUUUGCUAAUCUAACGCAAUCCAACUAAUCAUCCUCAAGAUUAAAAUCUUGAUUUUUCUUCCAGAUUUUUGCUUAGAGAAGACAUGGCAUGUGUGCAACAAGUGAGGACAUCUAAGGACACUCAGGUUUUUCCCAGUCAGGUUGAGUCCGAGCUGCAGUCUAUCUCUGUCAUCAAGAGUCUUCUGGCCAUUGGUGUGUCAGGCAUCAUGUACCUGCGAGGAAUUUUUCCAGAGAAAGCCUACGGGAGCAAAUAUGUUGAUGAUCAGCGAGUGAUGAUCCUCAGAGAGGAGCGCAGUUGUCCCGGUGCCUGUCAGAUUGUUGAGUGGAUUGUGGGAUGUUUUGACGCCAUCCAGAUGAAAUAUCUACAGACCGUCAUUAUGUCUGUCUCCUCAGACCCUGAUGAUCCGCAGGUAACGUGCUUCCAGCGUGAUGACCCAACAAAAAACAAUGUUGAACACUUAACAGGAUUCCUGCACGUGUUAUGGGUCUGCUUUCAGAAAGUGACAGAGUUUUAUCAAUUCAGGAUUCAGUACAACACAGAAGGGGCACAAAUGGACUUUGAGAGCACCCAAAACAAGAAUUUUGUCACGUCGUUUGGCAGCACGAAGAAGGCCAGCAGCCUGCUGGUGAGGAAGCUCUACACGCUUAUGCAGAACCUCGGCCCUCUCCCCAACAAAAUCUUCCUCAACAUGACGCUGACCUACUACGAUGCUGUAACGCCGCACGACUACCAGCCACCUGGCUUCAAGGAGGCCGAUGGCGACAUGCUGGUAUUUGAGCGGGAACCGGUGAGACUGACCAUGGGCGAGGUGGUCACACCCUUCCACUCGCUUAAACUGGACAUGGCCACCGAGAGACACAGGCUGGAGCCGGUGGAGGAGAACCCUGGCGGGAGAAACAGAUGGCUUCUCAAGGUAAAACGUGAUGGGAGCCUGUCAGAGAGGUCUGUGAUUGAAGAUGUGGAUGACACACCCAAAACGGACAACACAGACAACAAUGCACAAGAAAUUGAGCUGAGGUGCCAUGAGAAGAUGGACACUUGUGAGGUCACCACAAUGGAGGCCGUCGUGCUAAAGAGGACUUGCGACAUGGAGGCAGACGUGAUGACCACCAGGAGUGGACGCAUCAUUCAACACUACACGCAGACAAAGGGAACGAUGAACGCCAGGAAGCAAGCAGCUAUUAAGAAAAAUACGGUUUGUCAGUACGAAAUCCCCAAUAGUCAGGAGACACCUCGGAAGAAACGCAAGUUCAGCGAGUCCAAAGACAACCUGUGAGCCAAAACACACUUGCCUCCCUUUUAAGUUUGUCAAUGUUCAACUGUGAGGUACUUUAAAAUGACACACAUGGUCUUUAUUGUUUCAGCAGCAUGUUGUUCAAGGUUAGAAGAGUUUUUUAUUUUAGAUUCAAUUCAUGUUGUAAUUAUUUGGAUUCUUGCUUUGUUGUAGAUCCAUUUUAAAUGUUGACCAAACAAGUUUGACU